UUUAUUAAUAUUUUCCAGGGGUGCUGCUUGCUAGAUAUGGUCAUGCCUGGAAGGAGCAAAGGAGAUUUGCACUCUCCACCUUGAGGAACUUUGGGAUGGGAAAGAAAUCCCUGGAGCAGCGUGUGACCGAGGAAGCUGGAUUUCUGUGCUCUGCGAUCUGUUCUGAACAAGGUCGUCCUUUUGAUCCACAUUUUCUUAUAAACAACGCAGUUAGCAAUGUGAUCUGCUCCCUCGUCUAUAGUGAGCGCUUUGACUAUGACAAUAAGAAAUUUCAGAGAUUGCUGCAUUUGGUUGAACAGGCCUUGAAGGAAGAAGGUGGAUUCCUGCCCCAGCUCCUUCUCGUAGUACCUUGGCUGCUGCGCAUCCCUGGAGUGCCACAGAGCGUCUUCCGAGCCCAAAAGGAGGUCCUGGACUUCACAGAUGAGCUUGUGAAGGAGCACAGGAUGACCUGGAAUCCUACCCAAAAGAGAGACUUCACUGAUGCUUUUCUACAAGAGAUAGAGACGGUAGGAGGAGAUGGGCAGACAUCAUUAUGUUAUAUUGAGGAGGAUAUAAAGUGUCUUUUUCCAGGUAAAGUCCAUGAGGAAAUUGAUAAGGUGAUUGGCAGGGACAGGUCACCCAAGAUGGAGGACCAAGCGAACAUGCCUUAUACCAAUGCUGUGAUCCAUGAAACUCAACGUUAUGGGGAUAUUGUUCCUGCUGGAUUGCCUCACAUGACAUACCGGGACACCGAGCUCCAAGGCUACUUCAUUCCAAAGGGGACAACAGUCAUCGCUAACUUGUCCUCGGUGCUGAAGGAUGAAACGGUUUGGGAGAAGCCGCACCAGUUCUACCCGGAGCACUUCCUGGAUGCAGAUGGACAGUUUGUGAAGCGAGAGGCCUUCCUGCCUUUCUCUGCAGGUCGUCGUGUUUGCCUGGGGGAACAACUAGCCAGGAUGGAGCUUUUCCUCUUCUUCACCAGCCUGCUGCAGCAUUUCACCUUCCAUCUCCCUGAGGGCCAGGCCAGGCCUCGAGAGGAUGGACACUUUGCCACGACACUCACCCCACACCCCUACCAGAUCCUGGCUGUCCCAAGAUAAGUGCAGUGUUUUGCAAAGUUCUCCUCAUAUAUUUUAGGAAGGCUGUAGUGCUUAACUGAAAGAUGCUCCUACUCCGGUGGGAGAGCUUCUCCUGUCAAUAUAGUUAAUCCACCUCCCUGAGAGGCGAUAGCUGUGUUGGCAGGAGAAGCUCUGAAGACAUAGUGCUGUCUACACAGGCGUUAGGUUGGUAUAACUAUGUCACUCAGGGUUGUGGAUUUUUCACACUCCUGAGCGACCUAGUUAUACCUAUAUAGGCCUGUAGUUUAGGCCUGGCCUUAGCAUUGUGUCUGCUUCAUUCUUUAAGAGAGUCUCCUUGAGAUCCUCUGAAGUUAUGCUAUCAGCACUAUUGGCCGUUUACCCGUCAGCAUUGUGUAGAUUCCUGUUGCGUGUUGGUACACAUAGCAAAUGUGUAACGGAAUGCUAAAGAUAGCGUGAUUACAUGUGGGUAGCAAGAGCCUGGCAGACUUGUCACUGCAACACAUAAUAUGAGCUUAUUGCAGCUGUUUAAAUGGGAAAGUCAGUGCUCUGAGCCAGCAGGGUGUGGUUUGGUUUUCUAGCACUUUGCCUGGGUAUUCCUUCAGGGCCAAGCCAAUGCCUUCUCUGAGAAGAGAUUUUGAAGUACACUUCGCAUUUGCUUGUACAUGCUGCAGACAAUGCUAUUGACAGAGAUUUACCUGCAUUAUUUUAGGAGAUUUGGUAAACAAAAAUGGAUCACAUCUUCCACUGAUCUAAAGUGACUUCUGGAGCCAUGCCUAUUUGCGCCAGCUGAGGAUCUGGCCCAAUAUGUACUUUAUAGUUUAGUGUAAUUCCAGUUUUGAUCUUAUCUUUUUCUCUUUACACAAAUGUAAUAUAAAGGAACCACAUGUGUACAGUGGGGUCCAAUCAUGUGUUUGUUGGAAAUACGCAUGCCAGGCAUUCCUCCAUGUACACACUGCUGCUCUGACUGGGUUCUGGCAACUUCUAAAAAAAACCUGAACAUGGGGAAUGGAACAAAAAAGCUCACAAACUAUUUAAAGGGUUAUUAUGCUAUGCCUGUAACACGACACCUUCCUUCCUCCAUUACACACGUUCCUUUCACUUUCAGCCCAGAAAAGUGUUAACACAGUUUCUUUGGAAUAGAAACCUCUUAUGUUAGAGUAAAGCGACUAUGGGAGGAAUUUGCCACUAAAUUGUCUCAAAAUAUUGUGUUUUGUGCAAGAUAACCCUGUAAUUUGCCCUUGCAAAUGAUUGUUAUAAUUUGUGUAUUGUAUACAAAAUAGUAAAAUUAUGUUAAUAAAAAGAGGAAUCUUUUAUUCUUUAAUGUUUAUUA